ACUUUGAAAGGUGUAGAAUUGGUAUUUAACCAGCAUUUAUUGGGUUUCCAAGAAAAAGGAAAGGUGUCAGGUCUUAAGCUUGGACUCCACUCGAAGGCCAAGAAAGAGAAGUAACAGCACCCAAUAAAUAUGACAGCAAACAAGAAGAGCAUCUAUGGAAACCAUGCAGCAACCACAACAACGGCAAGCACAAUGACUGGCUUAAGAAAUCUCAGCAUCACAUGAGACACUGUUAAUGAGGAAAGUGGAUCGAUUUAUUCAAAGCAAAAGGAAAGAAAAGGAAAGAAACUUACAUGCUGAGCGCCAUCAUAAUCUACCUCUUUCUCUCUCUCUCUCCGCCGCUCCUUGAGGAGGAGUAAAAGAAGUCAUCUUUGGAGUGUUUCGGUCGUUUCCAUCGCAUUUAUCUCCGUUUUUGCUGCUAUUCCUGCAAUGAAUUGAAGACGACGAGAGAGGUGGAGGAGACGACGACGACGACGAAGAAGAAGUGCUGUGGAAGCUACAAAAAAGUUCGCAUUCAAAGCUUCUAGUAAUGGCUGUUCAUUCCCGACGCACCUGUAACUUUCCAUUCCUGAAUGGAGGCGAGCGAGAUAGGAAGGAGAUGGACUUGCCUCGAGCUGCUACUGGAUUUGUUGAUCCUUCUGCGUUGUUGCUCGUCGAUGGAGAAGCGGCGACAAAUCCGAGGAAGAGAGGUGCAGAGAGCAUCGCCGACCCAGCAGUGCCGCUGCCGCGGCCGCAGAACGGCUCCGUUGAUCUCUCAUCCCUGCAUCUACACCACAGUUCGACCCCGUUUUCGCCUCCGGUGAUCGUGAGUCUCGCACAGUUACAGAGCCACCCGCCUCCGGUUGUGUCCACCGGCCUCCGCCUCGCCUUGGAAGAACAAUACCAACAGCAAAACCAGAACAUGUCCAACCCGCUUCUCUGCUCUUCCUCUUCCUUCCUAAGUUCCCGAAUCGACCAACAGAAGCAAGAAAUCGAGGAAUUACUUCGUGUCCAGGGCGAGCAAUUGCAGAUCGGGCUGGCCGAGAGGCAUCGGAGGCACUACCGAUCUUUACUACGGGCCGCAAGAGCAACCGUCGCGAAGCGGAUCCGGGAGAAAGAGGCGGAGGUGGAGCUGGCAGCGCAGCGGAGCGCCGAGCUCCAGAACCGCCUCGUCCGCCUCCGAAGCGAAUCGAUCGCGUGGCAGGCCAAGGCGAUGGCCGACCAGGCGACGGCGGUUUCACUCCACGCGCAAUUGCAGCAGACCUUGGCGGCCGCGGCGCUGUCCCAGGCGCGGAGUGGAGACACGCCGCAGGCGGAGGAUGCGGAGUCAGCCAUUGUUGACCCGAACCGAGUCGACCAGGCGCGAACAUGCCGCUCCUGCCGUGGGCAGCCUGCUACGAUGGUGCUCCUCCCCUGCCGCCACCUCAGUCUCUGCGACGCCUGCGACGGCGCCGCCGGGGCCUGCCCGAUCUGCCAGUGCAACAAAACCCGCAGCGUUCGCGUCUUCCUCGCCUGAUGCCUCCAAUCCCAACCGUCCAGAUCUGUUGAUAAAUUUUAUUUUUUCAAAAAAAAUAUAUAAAAAAGAUAUAAAAUUUGUAAUUAGUUUUUAAAUAAAAGAAAAAAACGAACUCAUUUAAA